CUUUCGAGAGUUCAUUACAUCAUGGAUGCUUACAAGGUUGAAACCUGACAAACCAUUGUAAACCAACCACAGAGAUACUUUGGAUGCUAACUAUAACUGCGUCAAUGGUUUCCGGAGAGUAGAAAUGUCUGGAGUAGUACGUAGAAUGGAAGAAGUCGAUCAGAGGGGGCAGGGGGACAUUGGGGGGAGUGCUAGGAACAUGGGAAACGGAGGACACAACCAGCGCUCACAUUUACAGUUCUUUGGUCAAGCCAAGAAACAGAUCAAUGACAUCUUCAAAGAGAUUGGAGAAUAUGUUCAAGAGACCGACAAGUUUGUUGAUGAGAUUGGUACCAGCUCACAAGAGAUUCUGCCAGCAGAUGUUAGUGCAAAGGUCAAGGGCUAUAAGGACAAAGUUCAAGGCAUCCGGGAAGUCAUCCAGAGGAAACACAUGAAAGUUGCCUUUUUUGGAAGAACUUCCAAUGGGAAGAGCACCGUCAUCAACGCCAUGUUGCGCGACAAGAUUAUGCCGAGCGGCAUCGGCCACACCACACACUGCUUCAUCCAGGUGGAAGGGUCCGACUCCACGGAAGCCUGUCUCCUCACUGAGGAGUCCGACCAACCCAAGAACCUCGGGUCAAUCAAACAGUUGGCCCACAACCUGAGCGAUCAGAGACUCAAGUCUAACUCUCUCAUCCGGAUCCUGUGGCCCAAGGACAAGUGUCGCCUACUGAGGGAGGAUGUCGUGUUUGUAGACAGCCCCGGCAUUGACGUAGACCCUGACCUUGACUCUUGGAUCGACCAGUUCUGUCUGGAUGCUGAUGUGUUUGUCCUGGUGGCCAAUGCAGAGUCGACUCUGAUGCAGACAGAGAAGAACUUCUUCCACAAAGUGAGCUCUCGUCUUUCGAAGCCCAACAUCUUUGUGCUACAGAACCGCUGGGAUGUGUCGGCCAUGGAGGAGGACGUGGAGGAUGUGAGGAAGCAGCACAUGGAGAGGAACAUUGAGUUCUUUGUGGAUGAGCUGAAGGUGGUGGACAAGAAGACGGCCGAGGACCGAGUGUUCUUCGUGUCAGCUCGUGAGGCCCUAGCCUCCAGGCUGCACCAGGACAAGGGAACACCCACCCCAAGUGGUGUAUUGCAGGAUGGGUUUCAAAUACGACUUUUCGAAUUUGCCAAUUUUGAGAACCAAUUUGAGCAAUGCAUCUCCAAGUCUGCCGUGAAGACCAAGUUCGAGCAGCAUACUGAGAGGGGCAAGUCCAUCACAUCAGAUGUCCGGGGUAUCAUGGAGCAAGCAUAUAACACAAGUCUCCAGCUGAAGACUGACCAGGAAGUGUCGCGGCAGGAGCGAGGGGAUGAGCUGGAGUACCUGGUGAAGCAGCUGAACCUGCUGACCAGUGAGGUGAAGGACAAGAUCAAGGCCAUGGUAGAAGAGGUGGAGAGGAAGGUUGGCACGGCGCUGAGUGAUGAGAUCCGGCGACUGUCGCUCCUGGUGGAGGAGUACGACCACCCCUUCCACCCCGACAACGUCACGCUCAAGCACUACAAGAAGGAGUUGCAUGCACAUGUAGAGGAGGGGUUGGGACGUAACCUGCAGGCACGCUGCUCGGCCGCUUUGUUGCAAGGCGUGGAAACUGCUGGAACGGAGAUGACAGACCGACUGUCAGAAAUUCUCCCAGAAGAGACGAGACAAGUCCUGUAUAAUCUCAUUCCAAAGAGAGAUUUUGAGAUUGCUUAUAGACUUGACUGUCGCAACCUUUGUGCUGACUUUAAAGAGGACAUAGACUUCAAGUUCUCCCUCGGACCGACCAGCCUCAUUCAGAGGCUCCUUGGAGGAAAAAGUGCUAGGUCAGCUCUAAUGGGGACAGCGGGCAGUUUGGGACGGACACCAAAUUCCAACCAAGCAGACCGGUCCCAGCAAGAUGAGAUGCUGGCGUCAUUACUUACCACAUUUGUGUCGUUGUCGUCGCGGACGACAUUGGGAGCUGUUGCUGUAGCAGGAGUGUUGACGAAGGCCGCUGGAUGGCGUGUGAUCGCCGUGUCGGCAGCGCUGUACGGCCUGCUGUACCUGUACGAGAGACUCACCUGGACGAGCAAGGCCAAGGAGAGGGCCUUCAAGCAGCAGUAUGUGGAGUACGCCAGCAGCAAGCUGAAACUCAUUGUGGAUCUCACCAGCUCCAACUGUAGCCACCAGGUUCAGCAGGAGCUGUCCUCUACCUUUGCGCGCCUGUGUCACCAGGCAGACAGCUCCAAGAAACAGCUGCAGGAGGAUCUGAAGCAGCUGGACGUCACCAUCUCACAGCUGAAGGACAUCUCGGGCAAGUCCAAAUCUCUGAGGAACAAGGCUGACUGGUUGGACGGAGAACUGAACACAUUUGUUGAAAAUUUUCUGAAACAAUCUAGUGUAUGAUAAAAGAAAUGUAACCUGCUGAACACUUGACAGUCAAGAUACUGAUACCCAGCUCUCGAGGACCAACAUGGAAUAGCUGGCUCUCUGAACACUGGACAGUGCAACUGAGAGUGUGGUCAACUCGGGCUGGUGUGAGUACAACUCUGAAAGUUGUCUAAAUCUUGGAGACUUUUCAGCCAAUGGAAGCUGAUCACUGGAAAGCUGAUGGUUUUCUUUGAGCCUCUUACAACCCCCAGAAUCUUGUACCUUUUACAUUUAUACAUCUGGUACAGAUACAAGCUGCUGGAGCAGACACAAGUACAAUCCUUAAUCCUGGACAAGUACAACAAGUACAAUAUGUACAACAACUACAAUAUGUACAACAAGUACAAGUAAUAGGACACUGUCUUGUGUUUGUUGUCGGCACAGCUGGACGUUCAAACUGUGGAUGGGCAGACCUGAGCUGAUACACAAGGACCUACACAGGGGCACGAUUAGCUAGGGGGCGGUCGGGUAGCCUAGUGGUUAAAGCGUUCGCUCGUCACGCCGAAGACCCGGGUUCGAUUCCCGACAUGGGUACAAUGUCUGAAGCCGAUUUCUGGUGUCCCCCUGCCGUGAUAUUGCUGGAAUAUUGCUAAAAGCGGCCUAAAACCAUACUCAAUAAAAAAAAUGAUAAGCUAGGACCACCAUGGAACAUUUGUCGGUGAAAAAGAUAUCAAAAUCAUGAUCAUGAUGUGCAAGAUAACACACAGAUUGUGCUGUAGAAAUAGAUACAUUACUUAAUUAAUUAUUUUGUAUCAAACUAUCCGAAGGAAAGCAGUUAUUCAAAAUUAGCUAUUAUGAGUUUCAGUGAAACCUUCUUAAUCUGGACAUAAAAACUUCCAGAUUAACAAUUUUUUGUUGUGUGUAAUAUUCUUAUUAUAUUAUGUAGACAUUUACAGAAGUACUCUGAA